AGUUCCAAAGUCUGAACUCUGUGUGUGAGAGAGAGAGAGAGAGAGUUGCAGCAAUGGAAGCAAAGAAGGUUCACAACGGCAGCAAUAGAGACAAGAAAUUGAAACGAAAAGAGAUACUGGAAAAGAAGAAGGCUAUUGAUGAAAUUAUAAAAGCUGCAUCGAAUGAGAAGGAUCAUCUAACUUCUUUUCCACCCUUCCGCCAUUACGACAGAAAUGGGUUAUCUGUAUACAUGGAGUCAGGUUCUGGAGAGCAUCUAUCCUCUUCUAUGAAGCGUUAUAUUCAGAAUCUCCUUAAGGUGAAUAUGGAGGGCCCAUAUGGACCAGAAUGGCCAACAGAAGAGAAAGUGAAGCGCAGGGAGAUGGUUGCUCCAGAGGCUCGCUAUAUAUUUGUUCGUGAGGCUCCAACUGCAAGUAUAAAUGAGAAUUCAACAAAAGAAAGUAAUAUGGCAUGUAUUCAUCUCACAGGAGAUGGAGAUCCUCUUGUUGGAUUUGUGCACUACCGCUUUAUUGUGGAGGAAGAUGUACCUCUUGUUUAUGUGUAUGAACUACAGCUGGAGGCUCGUGUACAAGGGAGAGGAUUAGGGAAAUUUUUGAUGCAAUUAAUUGAGCUUAUUGCCCGCAAGAACCACAUGGGUGCUGUGAUGCUAACUGUUCAAAAAACCAAUGUUUCAGCCAUGAAUUUUUAUACAAAUAAGCUAAGAUAUACAAUCUCAUCAAUUUCACCAUCAAGAGUCGAUCCAUUGAUAGGGUUGGAGAAGAGUUAUGAAAUUCUUUGUAAAGCAUUUGACCAUGAAUCCAAAUCCAAAUUAGAGGAAAGAAACUUUUUUAUUGAUGAGUAACUUCUCCAGCCAACUACCCAAACUUUUGAAAGAAAGCCGCACGCCUCACUUUGCGCCAAAUGCCCUUUGCACUAUUUCGCGCCUUGUGCUUUUAAAACACUGGACGCAUUUUAGACCAGAUCCACUUUCUCUCUUUCACACACAGACAUAAAGUAGUUCCUAUUAUCUUCUGCACUUGAUCUGGUUGCAUCUCCAUGCUUUUUGGUUAAGGGCCAUGUUUCCCUUUUCCAAACCUUUUCAUUUUUCUUAGUAUGUCUUUAUAAACCAUUCUAAUUUAUCUUUGUGGAAAUACAAUUUAAAUGUCAAUUUGUCCUUUAUUUGGCACUUGUCAAGUGUCCUUUCAUUAUUUUCUAGACUUUCCAAAAAAUGCCAAGCACUGCUGCAUAUUUGGAGGGAUACUUAACUUGUGUUCUAACCUAGUUUUGAUAUGGCUUAUUGUCCAUGAUCCCGCAACCUAGUUUUGAUAUGGGCUUAGCACGGUUGAAUUGAAUUAGGUAGAUCAUGAUGGCUGGCUGCAGUCACCGCCAGCGUUUUAACUUUGAAGACUCGGACCGGACUAAAGACCAGAAUGCCUCAUGGCUCCCAGAUUUACUGGUUAAUCGGCCAGUUUGCCCUUCAGGCUUCAACCUAUGAAAACCUGCCAAAAUUGUCAUUAACUGUGAGUCUGAAAGACCAUUGGUUCACGAUUUUUAUGGGCUGACCAUCCAGUCUGGGUCGAGUCUUAAAACUCACCGCUAUCUCUUUAAAUUUUAAUUUUUGUUUUAUGACAAGCUGUCUUUCCUUUAAACCUUUUU